GGUGAGUUUUUGGCCAGCCACACCUUUGAGUCCCCAAUCACCUGUGCCCACCUGACACCUGACGGAAAGAUGGUAUUGGCAGGGAUCAGGGGACACAACUGCCCCAUCAGGUUGCUACUUGUACCAGUGGGAUGCACUUUGGCCGCAGUGAGAGAAACAUGGGAACAGGAGAAAGGUGGAGAGAAGGCAACUUUUGGUGACAUAUUGAGA